AUGCCUGUUGAUUGGGACUAUAAUAUGACAAUUGAUGAGGUUUUGGUUGCUUUCGAAAGUAGAUAUUUAAUUUUUAUAAAUAGAUAAUAAUUUUUCAGAAUUAGACUAUAGAGAUCUUAUCUUAAGUUAUCAUAUCAUAUUAAAUGAAAAUAAUAAUAUAUAAUCGACUCCUCAAACUAAUAAUGACGAAUAAUAAACAUUUUUAAAUACAUUAUCCAAAUAAAUACAAGCCUAAAUUGAUACAUCUAAUAAACAAUUAGAUAAUCAAUUCGAAGAAACUUAGUCUAUGUUUCUAUAAAUUGAAUAAUAAAAUAUUCCUUAAAUUAAUGAAAGCGUAAAUUAAGCUGUUAUUUAAUCGAAGAAAAUUCAAAAUUUGAUGUAGGAAUAACUCUGCUAAACUUAGAGGCAAUUAGAAAAAACUGAUUUAUCUACUGAUUGUUUAGCUAAAAAAUGCGGUAUUUAAGAAUUAGAAUCUGAAUUUAUGUCUUUAUAAUAACACAUUAAUCAAUACGUAUAAAAAUUUGAAGAGCUAACUGAUAAAUUUAAGCAACACAAAGAUAAAUUUGAGGUGGAAAAAAAAAAAACUUAGAGCAUUUAAUAAUCAUUAAUGUAUAACAUUUAGAUAAUUUUGUUAAACUAAUAAUGA